UUGGGCAUGGCAUCUCAGUUUUCUGGUAUAACUGCCAUUGGAUAUUACCUUACGACACUCCUGGAAACCCUGGGACUAGAUGUGGAAACUGCUGUAUAUGCAGAGAUUCCUAUUGGUUUCUGGACCGCCAUUAUAGCAUCCAUACCCUCGUAUCUAUUGGACAAAGUUGGUAGAAGACCUCUUCUUAUGUAUACUUUUCCUCCUCAGAUCAUUGCAAUCAUAUUCUCCUUGACCUCAUUUUAUAUUCCAUUGUCAAAAGCAAGUCAGCGAGCUGAAGACUAUUUCAUUGGAUAUUUAUUAUAUCUAGCUUUUAACAAUAUAGGAAUUUCAUCUAUUCAAUGGGUUGAAGCUGGUGAGCUAUAUGAAACAGAAGUAAGAAGUAUAGGUGCGGCAUGGUCAGCAUUUUGGAUAUUUGCUAGUGCUUUUGUCAACACAUAUACUUUUAGCAAGCAGGUUGACGCGGUAGGAGUAAAAGGACUAUACGGAAUGUACACAGGAUUCACAGUAUUCUUUAUGAUCGUGCUAUUCUUCAUCUUCCCGGAAACUAAAGGCAAGACACUGGAAGAAGUUAAAGAAAUUAUGGAAGGAGGAUUGCCGUUCAUUAUUCAUAAGAAUAUUGUGGAUGCAUGGAAUAACCUGAAAUACUUGUUCACUUUUGGAAAAAGAAAGGUAGAAUCUUCCAAACUCUCUCAAGAAACUUGAUAGUUGAAUUUAAUUCACAUUUGUUUUGUAUGACAAAGACAAUAAAUGAAUGAAUGAAUGCAGUUGAAUGAUAAAUAUGCAGUGUACGAA